CAACAAUGAAUUGACCCACCAAAUCUCUCGUCGGAAGAAAGCAUUCAAGAACUCAAUGUUCUCAAGGCUUUACAAAUCCGCCAGAGCCAUAUUCACAGAUCCAGCAACAACCAAGAACGAGCAACUAACCCCGAUUGUCGAGCCACUUCAAGACGAGACGAUGGUUACAACCCGACAGAAGAACACGCAGGCACCUGCGGGAGAUGAAAUUGAGGAGGAGGACUCAAUAAAUGUUUACGUGUCGAGGAGCAGCAGCAAGAGACAGAGGAAGAGAACCAAGGGGACGUCUUCAAGCGACGAGGACGCGGCAGAAUAUGUGCCACCAAGCUCAAGAAAGAGGAAGCGGCUGCCAGUGCGUGCGAAGGAUGUGGUCGAGAGCCCAGAUCCUGGGAAGACUCGACCUGUUGUAGAAAUUCCUGUCAGGGAGAUAUCCCCAGAACCAGAUUAUAACGACAUUGUUGCGGCUGAGGAAGAAGACGACAACACAAAGUUGCAGGAUGAAGAGCAUGAUACGGUAGCUGCAGAGCCUCUCGAAAGCUCAAAACAUCGUCGGUUUGGAAGCCAACCAUCGGAGGACGAAUUAUUUUCUACAGCUCGAGAAGUGGCGAACGAUGAGGGCAACGCCAAGACUGUCGAAGAUUUCCAGGUGAUCGAAGAUAGCGAAGAUAGUGAUGACGAUGCUCCAGAGGUUGUUGGUAUUCAGGAGGCUGCGGAGAGCGUCAGAACCAAGGAUAGAGAGGCUGCUAGGGUUGUAAAAGACCAAUUAUCUGCUUCACGAAAGAAGAGGAAAGAGAAAGACGACGCGCUAAAGAAACAAGCUGCAUCGAGCAGAAAGCGGAAGUUGGAAGAUGAUAUCACAGAUGACACGGAGAAAGCAAAGCGCUCCGCCAAAGAAGAGAAACCCAUAUCGACGAAGGCAGACCAGGGUCCGGAUGAGGACGAGAUCCGCGGUGUUGCUGAAAACACCGAGAUCCUAAAAGAUACAUUCAAAGCAUUACCCCUUUCAAGAAAACGGGCACUUCCCGACUUGUUACCAGCCGAAUACCUAGAAGAUACAGAACCUCAAGACCUGCUGCCAUUCGACCAAUUUCCAACCAAGAAGGCGAAGAAGACGAAAUUCCACCUUACUGCAGAGAAAGAGCCAAAAGAUCGACGGGUAGGAUCGACGACAUAUCGUAUAACAAAGGCCAGCAGCACGAAUCUAGCACCAAAAUCAAUUUCUCAAGCUCGAAACACAAAGGAAUCAUGGCUUCAAGGUCGGUCUGGAAAGAAAGGCGGCAUGAAUCGGCCGUCUUUCGCCAAGGGAUUCUCCAAGAAGUGAGAUUGUCUAGGGGACAUGGUGAUUGGUAAAGGCUGAUUGCAGACCCAAUGUUUUCUUCGGUCAACUAGAUUUGACGAACAGAUACCCCAAUAAAGAAGCCCUUCUCUGCUAGCUAUUAUUGUUUGUCCGAUAUUGAGAGUAAUAUCACAUUUGUUGGAUUAUGUGAGCACAAGUUUCCUUCAAGUAUACGAGACCUGUUGCAUCGAAUUGAUGGAAGUCUUUGCCAGCUAGCGGAAGUCUACGUGCAGCUGUACAGUGUGCAAAUAUGGUCGCUGGACGAGAAUUGGAGCUCGCUGCUAGAUACCAAGUGCU